AUGAGCGACCUAUAUCUCAAGGAACAAACCUCGCAGAGUGUGAGUGAGGAACAAAUCAACUCAGCGAUUGCCAAAACUUUCCCUGAUGAUGCCCUCGGCCUCGACGAUGGUCAAGAAACACAAUAUCUCAGUGAAGAACUGAAAAAUCUUCGAAUCGAGGAAUUGGCCCAAAGUUACGGCAUCAACAACCGUAAGCUUGUCCACAAAAUCGAUUUGUUCUUGAUUCCCCCAUUCUGUCUUUUAUUCUUCGUGUCAUUUCUCAACAAAUCUUAUAUAUCAUUCUGUUUCAUGGAUGGUUUCCCACAAGAAUUUGGAAUCGACUAUAUGAAGAUUGGUUAUUCUUGGGCUGCAUUCUUUGUUCCUUAUUUGGUUUUUCAAUCGUUCAGUAACGUCGUUCUCAAAUACAUCCGUCCACAUUUCUGGAUCUUUCUUACCGUGACAGUUUAUGGGUGUAUCAGUAUAGGCUCAGCUUACACUAAACACUACCCUGCAUUCAUUGCCUGUCAGUUUCUUCAUGGGUUAUUCCAAUCAGCUACCGAAACUUCCAUCUAUUACAUCUUAUCCCAUUACUACCAACGUGAAGAAUCCCAGAUCAGAUUCUCAAUCAUUUAUUCUAUGUGUUCCCUUGGGGGGAUGGUCGGUACUCUUAUCAAUGUUGGAGCCGAGCUCCACCUCGAUGGUCAUAACGGUCUUUCACUGUGGAGAUGGGUGUUGAUCAUCGAAGGGGCGAUCACCUUGUUUUCCUCAUUAAUCCUUUUCUUCACCUUCCCAGAUUUCCCUGAAGGUGCCAGAUUCUUCAGUGAUAACGAAACCGUUUUCUUGAUCAAGAAAUUGGAAGUCUUUGCGGGGAAAUCAGGAUACAACCUCAAUUUUACCGCCAGGGACGUAUUGUCCACCAUCGCCGAUCCAUUGAUCUUUUUGCCUGCCAUCAUGUGUUUUGUGGUAACUUUUAAUGCGUACUUCCUCAAUCUUUUAUGGCCAACGUCUAUUUACUUGUUGGGUUACACCGGGCUUGAAGGGGGUCGUCGUACUUGCUAUGUGUGGAUUUGUUCGUUCGUUUGGACUCUUUUCACUGCUUUCUUAUCUGAUCGUGUCAAGAUUCGUUUCCCAUUUUUCAUAUUCAACUGUUUCAUCACUUUGGCCUGUUUCGGGGCACUUUUCCACCAUUUAGAUGAAAUGACCCAUUCGGUGACCAAAUAUACCACCGGGUCUUUGUUGAUCAUCGCUAACUAUGCCGCCAUUCCUACCGUGAUUUGUUGGUCAUCGAUGAACUUGGGUGGCCAUCUUCGUAAAUCCAUCGGGAUCUCUUUGGAAAUCUCUAUGGGGUCGCUCGGUGGUAUGUUGUCAUUCUGGGCGUUUGUCAGUGAUGAUGGUAACACCGAACGUUACAAGAUUGGUUACGCUGCCAGUACUUCUUUAACCACCUUUGCUUGUAUCAUUUGUCUUAUUUAUGUUGGGUAUUGCUACAAACAAAACCAAAAAAAGCAAACGGCAGAAUACAGACAGAAGUGGAACAUGUUGAGCGAUAAGCAGAGGGUAUUGAAAGGUGACUCAAAUCCUGAGUUUACCUACAUGUAUUGA